CUUAUUUUUCUCGAUUUUUUGGGGUUACCAACUUCCCUGUCAAACUACUGCACCUAUCCCCGCGACGCUCAGCUUAUCCACAGAACAAAGAGGAGAGUGAAGGCGCCCCUGGCGAAGAAAAUGGAGGCAGGACGCUCAAAGCAGUGAUUUCUCGCUCAUCUUCUUCUCAAGCACGCUCUGGAAACCAUCUGGCAGCUCCCAUGGCAUCGCCCUUGUUGCCACUCUCGAAAACGAUCGCUGCCAUUCACACGAGCACCAAUGGCAGCCCGGAGAAAUCCCUAUUUUGCAAUUUUCAAAUCCUCCAGAGUUCUAGAUGCUCCGUAAGCACGAUCCUCCUGAGACGGAAGCAGUUUUGUGGUGGUAGAGGAGCAGGUUUCAAGAGUCGGCGACAAUUUUGCCAGUUUGCCAAGAUUUUUGAUGUGGAAAUGGAAAUGAAGAACCAAAACUUUGAAAUUCUAGAAGGACCAGAAAAACUAUCGCUGAGAAAUUACAGCGAAAACAAUAAUAAACAAUUUUGGAGGUUAUACGCGCUUACUUUUGUGAUAUCCUCAUGGUUCAGCUCCUGUCAUGUAGCGCAGUCCAGCAUUGGAGAUAAAGCAGAGAUGGUUUAUGAGAUUGGGGAGCUGUUUGAACUGGGAAUACAGCUAACUUAUUUGCUCAUACUAUUAGGUCUUCUUGGGAUUGGAACCUUCUUUGUUAUCCGUCAGGUUCUUGUUCGAAGAGAGCUUGAUCUUUCUGCAAAAGAACUACAGGAGCAAGUCAGAAGUGGUGAUGCUACAGCAACUGAGUAUUUUGAGCUGGGUGCUGUUAUGCUUAGAAGAAAAUUCUACCCUGCAGCAACCAAGUACCUGCAGCAAGCAAUUGAGAAAUGGGACAGGGACGACCAGGAUCUAGCACAGGUUUACAAUGCCUUGGGAGUGAGCUACGUGCGUGACAAUAAACUGGACAAAGGCAUCGCCCAGUUUGAAGCAGCAGUGAAGCUUCAGCCCGGCUAUGUCACUGCCUGGAACAAUAUGGGCGACGCCUAUGAGAAGAAGAAGAAUCUCAAAAUGGCUCUCAAAGCUUUUGAGGAGGUUCUUCUUUUUGAUCCAAAUAAUAAGAUUGCGAGGCCUCGCCGCGAUGCUCUCAGACAGCGUGUUGAGUUGUAUAAAGGUGUUCCUCUCAAGUCCGAGGAAAGGUGAACACAAAUCUUAAUUCGUGUCGAAUUUUUCGUGUUGUUGGAACCCUAUUUGUUUGUUACCGGUUUGGUUCGACUCGAUGAUAUGUAUGAGAAGUGGUUAAUUCGGUUUGACCUGAUGACCCGGCUUUCUUUUGCUGUUUUGGUUCAGUUUUGUCAAAAUUUUAAUAUUUGUCUACAUUUGUUGAUAUGAUUAUGGUCUG